AUGUCGUCGACCCAGCUGACAUUUUGUCUCACAGACGAGGACGUCCAAUUGAGCAAAGCGAAUGCGGACCACGAGAUCAAGUACAGAGGAUGCAUAAGCGUGAAACUGCAGCUGGGUCGAAGCAAGUUCAAAGACGUGGGACACUCCUACCGCGAGCCCAAAGGAUUGGGUCUUACAACUUCAAAGAAGAUUGCGAUUGACAAUGCGCGAUCGCACGGAGUCGAACUCAUGCUGCUGUCUACGGAAGGAGGGGACUUCGAAGACCUCGAACAGGAAUGGGAUUGGAUUCCCGCUCGAGGCAAAAAGGGUCGCGUUAUCAACUUCACCUUCUAUUAUGCUUCCAGACUUAUGUCUGUGGCUCUCGAGCUCAAAAGUGUGGUGCCAACUAUCCCUGUUGCUCCUGCCGAAUCGCAGGCCGUGAUCAGCCAGAGUACACGAUCUCCAUCAUCAUCUCCAGUUUUAGUCGAGGCCCGACACGCUGUUGGAAUUAUCGAUCUUUGUGCGGAGAGCGGCGAAGAGACCACGACUGCACUGGCCUUCGAGCCGGCGAACAAGAAGCGUUAUGCUGAUGAGAACGCUCCUGGUCUUGCAGGGAGUGCGGCUUACAAGAGGGUCAAGAUUGAGAACGGCAUUGAAGGUGCAUGCACAAUGAUACCGAAGACCGAGUUGUCUGAGCCUGCUCAAACGUAA